GUCUCCCCAGCAGCGAGCGCCCCGGACGCCAGGACCCCCAGGACCCCCGGAGGCAAAUACUCGUUAGCACGUUCUCACCCGGCCAUCCCGCCCAGCUCCCCCCCAGGCCUGCGACCCCAGCCCCCGCUGGCCCUUUGUCCCCGGCCCGGCCCCGCUCUGACCGCAGGCUCCGCCUUCGCUCCUGACCCGCCGCGUCUCCCCGCAGGCCACGCGCCGCCACCCGGGAUGCAGCCCGCAGGCUGGGCGGCCGUCAGGGAGGCGGCGGCCCGCGACACGCUGGCGGCGGACCUGCGGUGCAGCCUGUUCACCUCGGCCCUGCAGAGCUACCGGCGGGACUCGGCGCUGCGGCCUUUCCCCGCGUCCUACGCCCGCCACGACUGCAAGGACUUCGAGGCCCUGCUUGCAGAUGCCAGCAGGUUACCCAACCUGAAAGAGCUUCUCCAGUCCUCUGAAGAUAAAGACAAACGGGCCUGGGACCUGCUGAGCUGGAUUUUAUCCUCAAAGGUCCUGACAGUCCACAGUGCAGGGAAGUCAGAGUUUGAAAAGAUCCAAAAGCUGACUGGUGCCCCUCACACUCCUGUCCCUGUGCCGGACUUCCUAUUUGAAAUCGAGUACUCGGACCCAGCGAAUGCCAAAUUUUAUGAGACCAAAGGAGAACGAGACCUAAUCUACGCCUUCCAUGGGAGCCGCCUAGAAAACUUCCAUUCCAUCAUCCACAAUGGCCUGCACUGCCACCUGAACAAGACAUCCUUGUUCGGGGAAGGGACCUACCUCACCAGUGACUUGAGCCUGGCCCUCAUUUAUAGCCCCCAUGGCUAUGGGUGGCAGCGUAGCCUCCUUGGCCCCAUCCUCAGCUGCGUGGCUGUGUGUGAGGUCAUAGACCAUCCAGAUGUCAAGUGCCAAACCAAGAAGAAAGAUUCCAAGGAGAUAGAUCGCAGGAGGGCGAGAAUCAAGCACAGUGAAGGGGGAGACAUCCCUCCAAAGUACUUUGUGGUCACCAACAACCAGCUCCUGCGAGUGAAGUACCUGCUGGUGUACUCACAGAAGCAGGCCAAGAGCAGGGCUUCCAGCCAGCUGUCCUGGUUUUCCAGCCAUUGGUUUACGGUCAUGAUAUUCCUGUACCUGCUGCUGCUGCUCAUAGUGAGUGUCAUCAACUCCUCCACUUUCCAACACUUUUGGAAUCGUGCGAAGAGAUAAUCUCUCUGGGCCUGGAGUGGGGACCACCUCCACCAUGUGCCUUGUUUUGUACCUCCCGUGCCCCGCAUCCAGCCAGGUUGAGCCUGCGGGCCAGUUGGGGACCACAGGACAAUUUUCAUAUGCCAUAAAUGUAUCGAUUGCCUUUGAUGAUGCUCCAGCCACACUCCGGCCAAGGGGGACCACUGGGCCCUCACUCAUAGGUUUUGGGGAGCCCUCCUGUCUGCUCCUGCCUAAACAGCCCUAGGGAGUUGGCUUUUCCAUCAGGGCCAAAGGAAAAAGUCCUGCUGCAUUUAAAAACAAAGUGUCCAAGCUGUCAGUGGUAUGUUUACAAUCGCUCCUGGCGGACGUUGGCCCUUUCUCUAAUGCCUUCUGGAAGGCGGAAAAUGCGUAGUGGGGACGAUAAAUCACUAGGCGGUUGCCUUGUUUUGACUUGAGACGCUCAAGAGGAAUAGUCAUGUUUCUCAUAAAAAUCGGUGGGGAUCGGUUUUUGAAUUCCAUCCACCUUUGUAAGUACAAAACAUUUUCAGUUUUCUCAAAUCAACAAACAGCAUUCUGCUGCAGCUGUAACCCCGUGCCCGACCAUGGAUGAGAAAGGAAGGAGUCAGAGUUCUGAUUAAAAAACACAAACCUAACACUGAGCAACUCAAGUGUCUUUUUCUAAAAAUUAACUAACUGCUAAUUAUAGCUGCAGGCCUGCCUCCUAUCUCGCUCUCAUGAAGCUGCCUUGAUUGUGGCCUGCCAGGCACAAGUGCCACGCCGGAGGCCCCCUGCCACUGUCAGCCUUCAAGACAGAGGCCUGCCUCAGUGUGUCACAGAUACGCGUGGACUGAGCCUGCCUCAGAGGGCUCACAGGUCUUUGGGACUCAAACUGGGCAGGAAAAGCCCCUGGCUGCCAGAGAGCCUUGGUUCUACUUGCCGUAUUCUCUGCCCCUCCUCCCUGCCCUGCUUCAGCCGUAAUGGAGCCCUGUCUUAUUGGUGGGGAUUGUGGGGAGAGGUUUCUGUAAGGAAUGGGGAAAGUAAUUUUCUAUAAUUUGUGAAGUGAAAAAGCCACUAUCAUGGUUUUUACAUUGAAUAUUGGAACAUUUCAAAAAUAAUAAAGGUAUUUUCCUAAUUA